AUGGAAUCUCCAAUACUCUUUCUCACCACAAUAUUAUUAUUAUUCUUCGUUCAGGCACUCCUCGUUGCUUCUACAACUAUAUCAAACCCUUCAACGAUCUGCAAAACGACGCCGGAUCCAAAGUACUGCAAAUCCGUUUUCCCACACAGCCAAGGCAAUGUUCAGCAGUACGGCCGCUUCUCUAUCCGCAAAUCGCUAUCGCAAUCGCGAAAAUUCAUUCGUACGGUCGAUAAAUACAUAAAACGCAACGCUCAUUUGUCUCAACCCGCCGUUAUUAGAGCGCUCCAAGACUGCCGUUUCCUAGCUGGUCUAACAAUGGACUAUCUUUUAACGUCGUUCGAAACCGUUAACGACACGUCAUCAAAAUCCUCUUCCUUUAAAACGCUGUCGUUUCCAAAAGCUGACGACGUCCACACACUUCUCUCCGCGGCGUUAACAAACGAGCAGACGUGUCUAGAGGGACUUACCACCGCCGCUUCUUCUUCCGCCACGUGGACAGUAAGAAACGGUGUCGCUUUGCCGCUCGUGAAUGACACGAAGCUGUUUAGCGUCUCACUCGCUCUCUUCACUAAAGGCUGGGUCCCAAAAAAGAAGAAACGGGCCGGGUUUGCUUGGGCGCACCCGAGAUCCGGAUCAGCCACUCACACCAAGCCCUUCCGUCUAUUCCGUAACGGAGCGCUACCGUUAAAGAUGACGGAGCGAACAAAAGCCGUUUACGAGUCUCUUAGCAGAAGAAAACUCGCUGACGGUGACGGCAAUGAUGACGGAGACGACGGAAGCAUGGUCUUGAUAAGCGAUAUCGUUACCGUGAGUCAAGACGGGACCGGGAACUUUACCAACAUCACGGCAGCCGUCGCGUCGGCGCCGAAUAACACCGACGGAAGCGGCGGUUUCUUCUUGAUCUACGUAACGGCGGGAAUCUACGAAGAAUACGUCUCGAUCGCAAAGAACAAAAGGUAUAUGAUGAUGAUCGGCGACGGGAUUAAUCAGACGGUGGUCACCGGAAAUAGAAGCGUCGUCGACGGUUGGACAACUUUCAACUCCGCCACAUUUGCUGUGACAGCACCGAACUUCGUGGCGGUAAACAUAACUUUCCGGAACACGGCCGGACCGGAAAAGCACCAGGCGGUUGCGUUACGGAGCGGUGCAGAUUUCUCUAUUUUCUAUAGUUGCAGUUUCGAGGCUUAUCAAGAUACGCUUUACACGCAUUCUCUAAGACAGUUUUAUAGAGAAUGCGAUGUUUACGGAACAGUGGAUUUCAUAUUUGGAAACGCGGCUGUUGUGUUACAGAAUUGCAAUUUAUAUCCGAGACAACCGAUGCCGAACCAGUUUAACGCCAUCACCGCUCAAGGCCGGUCUGAUCCGAACCAGAACACCGGUACGUCGAUCCAUAACUGUACGAUUAAACCCGCGGAUGAUCUUGUCUCGAGUAACUAUACGGUUAGGACGUAUUUGGGUCGACCAUGGAAAGAGUAUUCACGGACGGUUAUUAUGCAAUCGUACAUUGACGGUUUUCUUGAACCGGUUGGUUGGAGAGAAUGGAACGGGGAUUUCGCAUUGAGUACAUUAUACUAUGCAGAGUUUAACAAUACCGGACCGGGUUCAAACACUACAAACCGGGUCACAUGGCCCGGUUAUCAGGUGAUUAAUUCGACUGAUGCAGCUAAUUUCACAGUCACUGGUUUAUUUCUCGAGGAUGAUUGGAUUUGGAAGACCGGAGUGCCUUACAGCAGCGGUUUAAUUUCAUAAUUAUUUCUGUUUGUUAUUUUCCCUUCUUUUUUUUUCUUAGCUAAUUCAUUUGAAGGCAGAAGCUGUAUUUUUUGUUGUUGUUGUAACAAUCCGGAAACCAAGCUCAACGCGAAAGAAAUGUAAA